AUGGAGCACGACGUGCACCAUCACCAGCAGGAGGAGGCCAUGGAGCUGCCGCCGGGGUUCCGAUUCCACCCCACCGACGAGGAGCUCAUCACGCACUACCUCGCCAGGAAGGCCGCCGACCCCCGCUUCGCCCCGCGGGCCGUCGGCGUGGCCGACCUCAACAAGUGCGAGCCAUGGGACCUGCCAUAUCGGGCGACGAUGGGGGAGAAGGAGUGGUACUUCUUCUGCGUCAAGGACCGCAAGUACCCGACGGGGCUGCGGACGAACCGGGCCACCGAGUCCGGCUACUGGAAGGCGACGGGCAAGGGCAGGGAGAUCUUCAGGGGCAAGGCCCUCGUCGGCUUGAAGAAGACGCUCGUCUUCUACACGGGGAGGGCCCCCAGGGGUGGCAAGACCGGCUGGGUCGUGCACGAGUACCGCCUCCACGGCAAGCACGCCGCCGCCGCCGCCGCCAGCAGCAGCAGCCUCAUGCCGUCGGCGUCGGUCAGAGCUGUCGCGUCAAAGGACGACUGGGUGCUGUGCAGGGUGUUCAAGAAGAGCAUCGAGCCGCCGUCAGUGGCCAGCAGCAAGAGGUCAUCAUCGGUCGCGUGCAUGGGGAUGGAGGACGUCGUGGGGCCGUCCAUGUCCAUGGCGGACGACUUCGCCGCGUGCGCGCUGCCCCCGCUGAUGGACGUGUCCGGCGGCAGCGGCGCCAACAUGUCACUUCCAGUGGCGGCGGCGGCGUCCAUCGAGCUGACGCCACCGGCACCGGCACCGGCACCGGCACCGGCACCACACGUGACCUGCUUCUCCAACGCGCUGGAGGGCCACUUCCUGACCCCACCACCCUGCCUCCUCCCCUCUGCCGCCGCCACGGAUCACGUCGCCCUGGCGGCCUCCGCCUCGCCGUUCCUGGCGAGCAUGGUGCAGUACGACGGCGACGCGGGCGUGGGCGGCAUGGUGCACGAGCUCGUGCAGGAGGCCGGCGGGUGGUACAGCAUGCUGGGAGAGAGGCAGCGGCUGAGCGGCGGCGCGUCGCAGGACACCGGCGUCACCUCGGAGGUGAACCCCGCCGAGAUCUCCUCGACGCGGCACCACAUGGAUCACGAGGCCUCCUUUUGGGGCUUCUGA